AUGUCGGUUCAACCGCAGGAUCAAGAUGGUACGAUACCGGAGGGUGGUCAGAUCAAUGAGGGAAAAGAUGAGAUUCAGCAUCAGCAAGAACAGGAUAGUAUCUAUGUUGGCGACUCCGUGCAUCGCGACUUCUCUGAGAUGUCCAAUGAAAUAAUUGAAGUCAUAGCUGCGGAUGAUUUGAUGACUGAAGCUGUCGAGGAGGUUGGUGAACUAGACGAAGGUCGGCAGUAUUUAUAUGAAUAUGACAGCAUGGUGCACACUCAGCAUGAUCAGAACAUCAUCUUUCAGCUGUAUCAACCCUUAGAAACUGCUAAUGGAAUGUUUGUUUGUCGGAUAUGCCUAGAACUUGGUGAUACAGUAGAAUUUGACAAUAAAGCCUCAUAUACACACCAUAGAUAUAAAGUUCAUGGUUCAUAUAACAACAACCAUGUAUGUCCGGUGCUUCAAUGUCGGGAGAUCUAUGCGUCUAUGAUUGUUUUGAGAAAACAUCUUCUCAUCGACCACAAACUACCUAUUGAAAUGCAUCAUCGAACUUUUGCUAAUAUUGGGGAGUUUGAGCGUUUUCGACAUCUUGUAGAAUCGAUCUGCAAUUGCAGAUUUAUGAUGCAUACGAAGCAACCGCAUAAUAAGAGACAAAUAAUGCAUUGUUCAAAGAGCGAACACAAAUUGAUACUACAGUCGAGACGACACAAGCUACCUCAGGUUCGGAUGAUGAAAGAGGGAGCUUGGUGUCCCGCGCAGAUCUCCUUCAAAAUUGACCCCAAGACAGGUCGUGUGGACGCUUUUUACCAGUUAUUUCAUUAUGGUCACGCCAAAGAAUAUCGUAGUAUUCAAGAUGAUGAUUUGGAUAGCGUCGAUUCUCUCACCCCUUUCGGGCCAGUCGAUGUUGUGUUCCCAGAGCCGGCAGAUUGCCCAGCGGAUCGGCCUAUGCAGUACCUCCAGAUAGAUUUGAUCUCCGCCGAUAGCUGUGUUUACGUGAACACUGUAUAUUCGCAUCUCUUAAUAAUGACUGAUGUAAAAACUGGAUAUAUGUUCGCUAAGCCCAUACCUGAAAUGGGCAUGCGUCAAUUGCUUAUACGGAUACUGACUGAUAUCUUCCUACAAUUUGGAAUGCCAGAGGGUUUCUGCUGUGGACACUCCGUGACUUUAAUUCGUGAUGUUAUGAAUGCAGUUGCUAAUAUUUUUCGAGUUACAUUGAAGGAAAUCCUAUACGAUAAAAACAGCUCUUCAUUUGUAACCUCUGAUCACAAUACAUUCCUUCGAGUGCUCUACGAACAGUCCACUUUUGAACUUCAAAGUAAGCAUCGAUGGGUCGAAAUGGUGCAGUUUACAACAAUGGUGCUAAAUCAGACAGGAAAGAAGUCACCAUUUGAGCGCAUGUUCAAUCGGAAACCGUAUAACCUUCCCGACCAUCGAAUCGCACCAUGGUUGUUGGGUGAAGAGCUAUCUGUAGGUGAGGAAGACGGUCAUAUUGAUGUGGAAUUCGAUGAACAACUCGAUGUAAACGUCGAAAGUAACGAAGAUCAGUAUCGCGCCCCUCCACCUAGAUUUGAAGUUGGCGAGAAAGUUUAUUUGCGUAAUUUUGAUGUGGUACCAGGACGAGGAAAUACACUGCCUUAUUUAUACGGGUACAUUGGAGGAAUAGAUUGGGAAAACAGUCCACAUUUCCCUUAUCGUGUGCAUUUCUCGAAGAGUAAAGAUCCGUGGCCAAAUGAGGGUUCGGUCAGCGCCUGGGUUAAUCCAUAUGACAUUUUGCCAAUUUCUUACGGACUGCUUAUGAUGCCGGAUGAAGAACGCGCUCGAGCUGCGGCUUCCCUGUUAUGUUCUUGUGAUGGGGGAGAGUUCGGCAUCCCUUGUCCUCUAUUUCGUAGUUAUCUUUGUGCGAAUGGCAUGUCUAAGGCGUGCUGCAUUAAUAGUCAGAAGAUGUGUGAAUAUCAUGAAGAAUGCGCUGAUGGUGACGAUACAUAUUCUCGUAUGGAAUCACUAUCAAAAUCAUUCACUGAGAAUCACACAAGAAAUAAGUCAAGACGCAGAAUUCCUCAUCUUACACCAGCCAAUACAAUUUUGCCAGGAGAACAAGACUGCGCUGUUGAGAUGCCACUUUUAACAAGCGAAAGCACUGCUUCUAAGCUAAAAAGAAAAAGGACAGAGCAAGACCUUAUAUGUUCCCUUCCGGAGGUUUCAACAAUUGUUGUUGAGAAUGAGAAUAGGACUUUAGUACCAGCUAUAUCAAAAAAGACAGAUUCCCAAAUAGGAAAAAUAGCUUCCGAAGAAACUAAAGGAGAUGCUAUCGCACAUGAGCUGGAUGCUACUACUUCUGAUGAGAAGUCUCCCCUCUCAAAAAGAAGGAGACCCCAGGAAAAAGUGACAGUUGAAAAGCCGUUGUCUAUUGAACAGAAAUCACUUGCUUCAUUACCGCAACUCGAUUAUACCUCGAAACCGCGCAUGAGAAGAUCAACUACAAAUAUUUGUAUUUCACUUUUUUUCCGCGACGCUAGGUUUCGUCAGUGCAGUGCUUAG